AUUUUUUGUAUUUUAUUAGGAUCACCUUCUGACCGGAUCUCAUUAUGGCAACGGUGUCUCAUACAUCACUACACUCCCGAUUGACGGGUAUCUCACUAUUCGGGGACCGGGUGGUUCAAUUCCGUGGUUUGAAGUUCGCUAGUGUGCCUAGACGGUUUGCCCGGGCGGAAUUGUUCGAAGGAUAUCCUAGUGAAUUAGAUUGCACGCGGCACGGUCCAAUCUGCCCUCAAGAGCCCACAAGCCUCGAAUCCGACCUCUUCGGUAUCCCCGCACCCCUCCAGAAAGGCAAACUUGGCCUCACCUUCGACGAGCUAGAAUGUCUGAACCUCGCGGUGACACUGCCAAAAUCACAUGUCCCGAACAUCCUCUCCGGCAAGAAACUCCCCGUCCUCGUCAGCAUCCACGGUGGUUCGAACCGCGUAGGCGCCGGGUGUUCCUCGCUGCAAGACCCUGCUGGAUUAUCCGCUGCCAGUGUGACGGAGGGGAAGGAAGUCAUCUGCGUGGCUAUAAAUUACCGAUUGAACGUGUUUGGCUACGGAGUGUUGCCCGAUGGCGAGGGGAGUAAUAACGGAUUAUUCGACCAGCAGAUCGCACUCGUUUGGGUGAAGAGGCAUAUUUCUGGCUUUGGCGGCGACCCCGGGAACACUACACUCGCCGGGGAGAGCGCCGGUUCGUUGGGUGUUGAUGCUCAGCUGCAUGCUUCUUCGCCCAUUGGCAGGGGCUUGUUCAAGAGGGCAAUAAUGCAGAGCGGGUGCUUGGAUACCGGUGCGCCGAAGCCGAGGGAGAAGAUGAUCCAGACGACACGGAGGGUGGCGGACUUCCUUGAGCGUGGCAGUGGGGAAAAAGACGAAGACUGGGUGGAGAAAUUGCGCAAUGCAAGUGUGCGGGAGCUGGUUAGCGCGUCUAUUAAGGCAAAAGUGGGGAUGUGGUGUGUUUCCGACGAUGGUACAUUCUUCACAUCACCCUGGGACCAAGCGGCCGGUAUACCAGAUUGGUGCGAGAGCCUUAUAAUCGGUGAUUGUGACUUCGAGACACCUACCCAGGGAUUCGUAUGGUACCUCCAAAUCGCCCCAGCCUCAGCGGCCAUAAUUCACCAAGCCUUCACGGGGGUCCAACCACACAACACCCGCGUGCUCGAGGCUUACAAGGUCCCAGCCCCAGCCCCAGAUUCGGCGUCCGCCCUGCGCGCCGCCGCAUUUGCGUUCAUCGGCGACAGCGUCUUCAGCUACCCUGCGCACAAAUUGGCCUCGCGCUGGCGUUCUGCUGGAAAGAGAGUCUACGAGUACUGCUUCGACCAGCCGAACCCCUACACACCCGAGUUCCGCAGAGCACAUCACGGCGUAGACUUACUAUACCUCUACCCGGGCUAUGAACUCCCGGAAAAGGAUAGAGUCGUUGCGGAGGCGUUUCAGAAACACGUGCUUGAGUUUUGCCAUAGCGGGAAUGCGUGGAAGGCGAGCGAUGGACAGGUCAUGGGGUAUGGCCCCGCUGGGGAGGUGCGUAUCGUGGAGAAGAAGGAAAGGAGGAGGGUGGCGGAGUGGGAGGCUAGUUUGGAAUUUCUCAGGAGGGCGGAGUUGCCUAAAGCUAUUGAGUAUGUUAAAGAAUACCUUGGGGCGGCGAAGAGGGCGAUUGAGGGUGAGACGGUGAUAGGCUGAUGGUUUAUUUUAGGCCGUUGGUUAGGAUUCAGCCGAGGAGGGAGGGGAAGGCGCUGUUGUAGGUGACUUUCUCGGGAAGAGAUUGUGGAAGAGGGGGGUAUGGGAUGGCACCAUAGUGACAACCUCAAUCGUGAAUGCAUAUUUUCUGUGGGGAAUGAUAUAUGCUACGGGCCUCUGGCCGAAGCAGCUUCACAAACCCGCAACAAAUAAGAAACUACCAGAAAUAAAUACACUCCCCAAGCUCGCAUGGACACCCAAGCAUGCUCCUGUGAUAUAACAUUGUUCGCGGAAAUUCGGUAGUAUACCCUACUGCCGAAUACAUGGACAACACCCGGUAGGGGGCCAUUCGAGGUUUUGUGGCCAAACGGGUUCGAGUGCAGAAUUCUUACACUAGUGCCAUACAAAACUUGCCUUUGACCUUUACUGGCUCAGCUCGUUGGUAGAUUGUGUUAUCCAAACACCUCCCUCCGCCCUUCAUUACCCAAGCACCCCCCCGAGUUUUCCCCUGUACUUGGCUUGGAUUACCUCCGUCGAGGAAUAGACACUUGGUAUACAGACCAAGGACGAAGGGUCAAAACGUGCAUAACUUCAUUGGUUAUUGUUGAGUGAGGACGCACGACCACGGGGUCUCCUAAGGAGGGGAAAAUCGUCAUGAACGAUCACUCGAGUAUUCCCACUUGCCCGCGCAGUGGAUUACGUUCUGCGGCGUACCGUAACACCCCCAGUUUGAAUCACCGCGCGUGUCCCCAUUUCUCAUGCCCAGUUUCUCUCGGCGACAUCCGGCCACCGGUAAAACUCGGAAUAUCUCAGAAGGAUGAAGUGUGAACCCUGCAGAGCUUGACCUACUCUCCCGGAAAGGUUCGGGAGAAGUAUAACAUAGUGCUCUGCUCCCCCCUCCAUUUUUGUGGUCGGGUGGGAAUUCUGGUCACCGCGGCGUGCUGGGGCCGCGGACGUCUGAUUGCGCUUUUAUUUCUGCCGUGAUUUAUUUCUUCACAAUUAUUUCUGUUAACAUCAACCCCUCUCCCCCCUGUAUGCGC